AUGAACAAAACUGAAACAUUGCAACUCCCUUCUUCUCCGAACUCUGCCAUCAACGUCCUUAGAAGGAGCUCCUGGCUCGUCAUUCAGCAGAGAAUCGAUAACUCACUGAGCUUCAAUCAAACUUGGGAAGCCUACAAAUACGGAUUUGGCGUCUACAAUGAAAAUUUUUGGCUGGGCUUAGAGAACAUUUAUAACCUGACCAAGUCAAGAAUGUACAAGUUGAGAAUUGAGGUCUACGCCCAAGGUAUCUGGGUAUCCGAUGAGUACGAUUCUUUUGAGGUAGGCUCAGAAAGCCUCAACUACAAACUUAAAGUAUCCAACUACAGCGGUGACAACCUGGACAUUAUGAACUACGUUAGUAGCACGAGUCAAAUGCAUAACGGAAAAGUGUUCAGCACAUUUGACCGCGACAAUUCACCACUCCAAACUAACCCUGGCCUGAAGCAUGCUUCUGGAAACUGGUUUGAUAGUUACAGCUAUGCGCAGAAUUUGAAUGGCCCCUAUAAUCAAACUCUGCAGUACUAUAUGAAAAGAUUUAAUAGGUUGACCAAUGCCCAACAAUGUAGGAUGAUGAUUAAGCUGUCUACAUCCAAUUAG